AUGGACGAUCCUAAUUCUAUAAUACAAGCUCAGAAAGAGCAGAUAGCAAGAUACCAAACAAGAUUAAAAGAUGUGGUUACAGCUUAUAAGAGUCUUUUAAAUGAAAAACAAGCAUUGGAAGCAGUUCUUAGUGCUAAAAAGCCUAAACAGGAAGGCGAGGAAGGGACAGAAACUGAAGAGGAAGAUGACAAAGUGGAAUCUACAGCACCAAUUAGUGUUUUAAUGGAUUCGAUAAAAACUUUAAGUGAUGAGAAGAAGAAAAUGGAAGCAAGUUUUUUGUCAGACAAAAAGAACUUAAGACAAGAACUACAGACAAAGGAUAUUGUCAUUAAAGACUUACAGGAAAAAUCCAAAGCACUGGAACUCGAAAGACAAAACUUAAAAACAAAGCUUUUUAGCUGUGAUAGAAUAUUGAAUGAUGAAAGACAUCUAAAAGAGAAUUUAGAGACACAACUAAACCAGUUAAAGACACAAUUUUCACAGACAUCCAAUUCAGAUAAAGUCAUCAAUUCUUUAAAUCAAGAAUUGUCAGAAGUAAAAAAGAAAUUAAAGUCUUAUGAGAAUAAUAAAUUAAAGGACGAUUCUAAUGUUCUUCAAACCUUACAACUAGAAAUGGAGAAUUUAAAGCAACAACAUAUGAAUAACUUAAUGGUUGAGAAGCAACGUGCAAAUGAAGCCAAUGAAAGAAAUAAGAAGCUUACAGCAUUACACGAAGAACGAGUUCAAAAUUUAGAGUCAAGGAUAGCUGAACUGUCCAGAAAUUUUGCUCACUAUCAUCAAUUGCGUGAGUCUGACCAAAAAAGUAUUAUCCAAUUGAAGGAAAAAAUAUCACAACUUCAGAAACCAUCUGACAAUUUCGACGAUUCACUUGCCGAUACUAGCUGUAAAAAAUUUUCAAAUGUCUAUCAAAUAAUCGAUGAGCUUCAGAAGCUUAAACAACUUUUAGUAUACGAAAACACAAAAUUGGAACAUCCAAUUGAUUUGACAUACAUCUUUCCAAACUCAACAAAUAAUGAUGUGACUGUUGUUAGUGCCGAAAAAUAUGCUCUCGUUAAGAAUGAAAGAGAAAAGCUAGUCGAUGAAAAUGAAGUUCUAAAGAAUCAGCUUACAGAUCAAAAUGAAAGUCUUAAAACUUUACAGGAGAAAGUAAUAGUUUUGAAUAGAAAUAUUGAUGAAUAUGAGACAGAAAUUAAGAACAAGUCAAUAAGCCUUAUUAAUGAUCUUAAAGCUGAAAGAACAAAAAAUCGGGAAGUUAUUAACAAUUUGGAAGCCGAUUAUCGUUCAAAAAUAUCUCAAUUAGAGCAACAACUACAGAAACAGCGUGAACGCUCAUUAAUGUUGCUAGAUGAAAAAGAAAAUGAGAUUCGAGCUCUUAAAACUUCAUAUGAACUUUUCAUUCCAAAGAAAUCAUCAACAGACUAUGAGGAUGAGACACAAUCGAAUGGAAGUAGAAAACCAAGCACAUCACAGCAGCAUCAUUUAGGCAUGGUUUUAAAUCAACAAAAUUCCAACAGCAGUAAUUCACCUGAAACGUACAUGAUAUUUUAUUCCAAUGAGUUGGCUCGAAAGGACUUGGAAUUGUCAAGCGUAAGAAAAUCAAAACGUGAAUGUGAGGAACUUAUUAGACAGACAUUGAAAGAGAAAAUUAUGAUACAAGAAGAAUUAGAUGAAAAGAUAGCGAAUCUGGAGCAGAAAGUAUACUAUUUAGAAAAGAUGAAGUCACGAGAAGGUGCUAAUUUAGAGUAUUUAAAAAAUGUAACAAUAAGUUAUCUCACGACUUCUGACGCCCAAGCAAAAAAGAAGAUGCUGAAUGCUAUUGGUGCUGUCUUGAAAUUCGAUGAUUCCGAAAACAUUUUAAUUAACAAUUAUUUUGGUAAACGGAAGUGA